UAAAGCCCAAAACAAACUCUGUAUCUUUCCAUAUCAUUUCUCACAAAGACUAUCCACUGCUGUCUUUCAAGCCAUGCGUUCUAAAGACUCAAAGCCGACUAGCGACGAGCUCCUGGCUCAGUUCGACAAUCUCGGGAUCGAAACCACAGAUGAACCCACCGUGAAGCCCAGUACACCGGCUACUGCUCAGUCGGAGCAGGAUCUCCUGGCUGAGCUUGAUAACCUAGCCUCCCAGCGUCCAGUAUCGACAGACUCCAGACCACCUUCCAGAUCGCCCAAGCCCGCGCCGGCAGGGACCCCGUCAACAGGCCUAUCCAGCGAAGAGAAGCCGCCCGCUCGGAGGUCCGAGGAGAGUGGCCGAUCAUCUCGCACGGGACAUAGAACAGGACUUGUGCAGCCAUCUGUACCUGAGGAGAAAGCUAUACCGACUGGGAAAGAGACCAGUAAUGCAGCUGGUGGUGGAUGGUGGGGCGGUCUCUUCGCGACAGCUAGCGCUGCCAUGAAGCAUGCUGAAACUGCUGUGAGGGAAAUCCAGAAGAAUGAAGAGGCACAGAAAUGGGCGCAGCAGGUUAAGGGGAAUGUUGGAGCACUGAAAGAGCUUGGUGGCGAGCUUCGAAACAGAGCCCUUCCCACAUUUACUUCCAUCAUCCACACUCUCGCCCCUCCGAUUUCCUCUCAUGAGCGUCUGCAGAUUCAUGUUACGCACGACCUUUCAGGCUAUCCCAGCAUCGACCCCCUGAUCUACUCUGUCUUCUCCCGUGUCAUGUCCCAGGUCGAAGGUGGAGACCUCAUAGUCAUCCAACGCGGACAGGAGUCUGCGCCGAAACGAGGAUUAGGCAUCGGGGCUUUCGACGCCGGCUGGCAUGAUGGCCCUUGGUGGCGGACGGUCACCCCUAGCAACCCCCGCAACAUCUCCGCUGUGCGCGGUUUGGUCGAGGCCACCAAGCUUGCUCGGGCAAGCGCGGAGUCAUACGCCAAUGAGUAUUUUGCAUCUAGAGGCGGAGUCGAGGAAGCGGCGAAGCAAGCCACUGAAGUCCUGAGUGAGACAAACCCUGUCCGAAACAGUGACAUCUUCCUGGCCAUCCAGGCCGUCAGCCAGGCUGCAUCGACCGACCUCUUUCAGGCGGGCCCAACUGCAGACAAGACGAUUCCUCCGGGAGUUGUGGAUGUCGCAGACUCCAAGGACGAAGAGGUUUCCUUUGCGAUCUACCUCCACGAUCCUGUUCACGGCAUUGCAUUCCACACCAUCUCGCAACCAAUCCCCCAGAAAUGGAUUGAUUGGCUCGAUGCUCCAGCACCUGCUCCUAGGGACCCAGAAGGUGAGGACGCACACGUGCCUCUUUCCACGAUGCCAGAAGCCAUUUCAGAGAUAGUUGAGAGUGGUGGCAUCGACCCUCGUGAAUGGGUCGCAGAAUGGGUCGAGGAUUCCCUUACCUUGGCCACAGGGGUCGUGGCGCAACGGUACGUGGCUCGCAGGAUGGGAGUCGGCGAAGGAGGUAUAGGCAAGGGCAAGAUGCGGGCUGAGACGGCAGCGUCCAGUGCGGAAAGUGGUGCGGGAGAGGCGGCAAGGGCGCUUUAAAAUAUUUUGAAUUCGAUCUUUGUUGAUGAUGAGUUUGAUGUUCGGACAAUGUCUGUUGGUUACUGUAUUUUCCUUCCAGUUAUUUUGCACAUGAGGGUUAUUGAAUGAUCUCUACAGUAAUGGCCACCUAAUACCAACGUGUUCUCAACUUAAUCCUCUUUUGACCUAAGCCAAAAGUAUCAAGACUGGAG